GAGGGAUUUUGUUUUUUAAAGGCCAGGCCGGAAAUGUACGUUUUCAUUACUCGGGUUAGCUUAAUAUCAGGCUGUGUCCACUGGUACAGCUCCAACCCAGACCAUUGCACUGCUAACUUAUCGGAUUCCGCGUAAGAGACGCUACCCGGAGCACCACGGAUCCACUGACACAUAGAGGAUGACAGACGGAACAAAACAGUCCCAUAACGACUUUUUUCUGCCAGUCACUGGCAAAAAGGCAUUCGUCAACUAACUGAGUAACGUUAACGUUAGCUUAAUAUUAUUAGCCAGCCCGACCCAUUUCCGCACCAUUACAGGCUCGGACGGGAUUCCUGCAACGGGACGGAAUUUCCCCGGUGAUUAAAUCCAGACCUAGGCCACCGCACGUUAUGCUAGUUUGGUAAAUUUAAUGACAUUCUGAAGCAGAAGUGGGAGGCACAAUGGGAUUCCUGCACCAGCUCCAUCUCCUGCUGUGGAAGAACAUCUCACUGAAAAGGAGGGGUCCGUGGGUGCUGGCCUUUGAGAUCUUCAUCCCACUCGUCCUCUUCUUCAUCCUCUUGGGUCUGAGACAGAAGAAGCCAGCGAUUUCUGUCAGGGAAGUGUCCUUUUACAGUGCAUCCCCACUCACCUCGGCUGGCAUUAUUCCCAUCAUGCAGUCACUGUGCCCAGAUGGACAAAGGGAUGAAUUUGGUUUCCUUCAGUACAAGAACUCCACUGUGACCCAGCUGCUGGAGCGGAUCAGUGAAGUGGUUGAACAGAACCGCCUCUUCACGUCUGAACGGCCUGGUUUGGGUCAUGAGCUUGAGACCCUGCAGCAGCACCUAGAGAGCCUGAGCUCAACCCCUUUACCACUGGACUACAACACCGGCUUUACGCUGGCCGCUGUGUUGAAGAACCAGUCGGUUUUCCAGCAGUUCCUGGUUAAGAACCUUUCCCUGUCCAAUUCUACGACCAGCCUGCUGCUCAACACUCCAGUCAACCUCAGAGAGGUGUACAGUCUUAUCUUUAGUACAUCUCUCAGAGAUGGAGUAGGGACCCAAAGUUGGAUUCAGGGGGCAAAAGGCACCAGAAAAAAACCUGGAGACAGCGUUCUUCAUCUGGAGGGGGCCUUCCUGACUGAAGCCCUGCUGGAGAUCCUCACCUGUGGGGAGGGCAGGGCCAAUAAGCUCAGUAAGAUCCUUUUGGUGAAUGAGAAGCAGGGACCAGUGCUGCAGGCCUAUCGCAAUGCAGUGUGCAGCGGAGGGGAGAGUCAGAGGUCAGAGCGCUUCAGGCUGAUGAGUCUCGAGCUGAGAGAACAGAUCAACACACAGAGUCUCACUGAGAAGCUUCACCUGGAACAGCCCAACUCUUUGUUUUCACUCUCUCAGUCUGAUGUCUGGGUCCUAUUAAAAGACCUUGCUGAUGUAGAGAGGCUCCUCAAGGACGUGGACCUGCUCUCUGGCCUGGCUCGCUUGCUGCCCAAAGGAGCCUGUACUGGUCGAACUCCAGCCUUCCACACAAACAUGACCUGGCCCCUUAACACCACUACCUGGGGCCCUAACAUGACUGAUAUCCCUGGACAGAAAGGGGCGGAAGGAGCAGAGCAAGGUAGAGGAGCAGGAGAAGGGAAAGAGAAGGAGGAAGCAGAGAACCCUCACUCUCAGUUUUCAGCAUUUGUACAACUGUGGGCCGGACUGCAGCCAAUUCUCUGUGGGCACAACAGGAUCAUUGAGCCAGAGGCUUUGAAGCAGGGAAAUAUGAGUUCACUGGGAUUCACAAGCAAAGAACAGAGGAACCUGGGCCUACUGGUUCACUUGAUGACAAAAAAUCCCAAGAUCCUCUACUCCCCCAUUGGAUCCCAGGUUGAUAAAGUCAUUCAGAAGGCAAAUGAGACAUUUGCAUUCGUCGGUAACGUGACACACUACACCCGGGUGUGGCUCAACAUCUCCGCCCAGCUCAGGGCUUUUGUGGAGGCGGGCCGGCUGCACAACCAUCUGGUGUGGUUACAGCAGCUGUCCUCAGAGCUUCAGCAGCACCCUGAGUUGUUGAAUGACUCAGACAGCGAGCUGAUACAGGGCCUGAUGAAGGGAAACUACAGUCUUCCUAACAUCUCCACCUUGGUGGAGCAGCUUGACACCAUUGACAAUGCUGCCUGCGGCUGGAUGCGCUUCAUGUCUAAGGUCAGUGUGGAUGUCUUCAAGGGCUUUCCUGACGAGGACAGCAUUGUCAACUACACCCUAAACCAGGCCUACCAGGACAACGUGUCUGUGUUUGCCAGUGUGAUUUUCCAGACUAACAAAGAUGGCUCCCUGCCACCCCACGUUCUUUACAAAAUUAGACAAAACUCAAGCUUUACAGAGAAGACCAAUGAAAUCAGACGAGCCUACUGGCGUCCUGGGCCCAACAUCGGGGGGAAAUUCUACUUCCUCUAUGGUUUUGUUUGGAUCCAAGAUAUGAUAGAGAGAGCCAUCAUCAACACGUUUGUGGGCCAUGAUGUGGUGGAGCCUGGUAACUACGUUCAGAUGUUCCCCUACCCAUGUUACACCAGAGACGAUUUUCUGUUUGUGAUUGAGCACAUGAUGCCUCUGUGCAUGGUCAUCUCCUGGGUUUACUCAGUAGCCAUGAUGAUUCAGCACAUUGUCGCUGAGAAGGAGCACCGGCUCAAAGAGGUGAUGAAGAUGAUGGGUCUAAACAAUGCUGUUCACUGGGUGGCUUGGUUUAUCACUGGCUUUGUCCAGCUGUCCAUCUCCGUUACAGCUCUGACAGCCAUCUUGAAGUAUGGUCGGGUGUUGUUCCACAGUGACCCCUUCAUUAUCUGGCUCUUCCUCACCAUCUAUGCCGUGGCCACCAUCAUGUUCUGUUUUUUGGUGUCAGUAAUCUACUCUAAGGCCAAGUUGGCUUCAGCCUGUGGAGGAAUCGUCUAUUUCCUAAGCUACGUGCCCUACAUGUAUGUGGCCAUUAGAGAGGAGGUGGCCCAUGAUAAGAUCACUGCCUUUGAGAAGUGCAUCGCUUCUCUGAUGUCAACCACAGCCUUUGGCCUGGGCUCCAAGUAUUUUGCAUUGUACGAGGUAGCAGGUGUUGGCAUUCAGUGGCGGACCAUCAGCCAGUCACCGGUAGAAGGCGAUGACUUUAACCUGGGUCUAUCCAUGAUGAUGCUCAUCAUUGAUGCCGGUGUGUAUGGUGUGCUCACUUGGUACAUAGAGGCCGUGCAUCCAGGAAUGUAUGGGCUGCCCCGCCCGUGGUACUUCCCCCUGCAGAGGUCCUAUUGGUCAGGAAGUGGGCGUGUUGAGACCUGGGAUUGGCCAUGGUGUGGAGGCGGGGCUGCCAAGCUCAGUGUGAUGGAGGAGGAUCAGGCUUGUGCUAUGGACCAGUGGAGAUCUGAGGAGAUGCGGGGCAUAGAGGAGGAGCCAAGCCACUUGUCGUUGGUGGUCUGUAUAGACAAACUGACCAAGGUGUACAAGACUGGCAGCAAACUGGCCCUCAACAAACUAAGCCUCAACCUCCAUGAAAACCAAGUAGUCUCCUUCCUGGGACACAACGGCGCUGGCAAGACCACGACCAUGUCCAUCCUGACAGGCUUGUUCCCGCCCACCUCUGGCUCUGCCACCAUAUAUGGUCAUGACAUCCGCACAGAGAUGGAGCGGAUUCGUCAGAACCUGGGCAUGUGUCCACAGCACAAUGUCCUGUUUGACAAGCUGAGUGUGGAGGAGCACCUGUGGUUCUACUCCAGGCUUAAAGGCAUGGCUGAAGACGACUUACGCAAAGAGAUGGACAAGAUGAUUCUUGACCUGGAGUUAACCCACAAGCGCCAUAGCUUGGUGCAGACUCUGUCCGGUGGGAUGAAAAGGAAGCUGUCUGUGGCCAUCGCCUUCAUUGGUGGCUCCAGAGCUGUCAUCCUGGAUGAACCCACAGCAGGGGUGGACCCCUAUGCUCGCAGGGCCAUCUGGGACCUUAUCCUCAAAUACAAACAAGGCCGUACAAUAUUGCUGUCCACCCACCAUAUGGAUGAAGCAGACCUUCUGGGAGAUCGCAUUGCUAUCAUCUCACAUGGGAAACUCAAGUGCUGUGGCUCGCCACUCUUCCUGAAGAGCACCUACGGAGACGGAUACAAACUGACACUUGUCAAAAAACAGAGUGAAGGCAGAGGACAGGGUAGCCAGCUGCAGCCUCCUUUGUCUAUGUCUCUAUCCUCCUCUCUGUCACCUUGCUCAGAAGCUCGCGUCACCCGGUUUAUUUGCCAGUUUGUGGCAUCCUGCCUUCUGGUGUCCAAUUCCAACACUGAGCUGUCCUACGUCCUGCCCUCCGAGGCCGUCAAGAAGGGCUGCUUCGAGAGGCUGUUCCAGGCUUUAGAGGAGAGCUUGGACAGCCUGGCCCUAACCAGCUUUGGAGUGAUGGACACUACCCUAGAGGAGGUUUUUCUUAAAGUGUCUGAGGAGGACCAAUCUCUGGAGAACAGCGAUUCUGAUGGGGACAUGAAGGCUUCCCUAUGGGGCAGCUUACAGGGGAAAUCAGUGGCUUCAGGAGACCUGGGGGUGCCAGAGGGCAAGAGUAAACCUUCAGUAGAUAGUGAGAAGCCGGAAGUGGAGCAGAGUAAUCUGCUAAUGUGCUCCGGGCUGACUCAGAGUCAGUCCUCUCUGAAAUCUUCCUCGUCCAUCGGCUCAGUGAGGGGGGAUGAAGGGGGACUCUACGCCGACUUCUAUGGAGAUUAUUGUCCACUCUUUGACAAUGGCCAAGAGUCUGACUUUGCCAGCAUGAGGGUGGAUGCAGAGAAACCCUCGUCCCCAGAGCCAGAGGUACUGGACGGGCAGGGCAGCUUCAAGUUGGAGGGUUGGUGGUUAAAGCUAGGUCAGUUUCAUGGCCUCAUCAUCAAGAGGUUCCACUGUGCCAAGAGGAACACUAAGGGCCUCUUCUCCCAGAUCCUCCUGCCUGCCUUCUUCGUCUGUGUGGCUAUGACUGUGGCCUUAUCUGUGCCGGAGAUUGGAGAUUUGCCACCUCUGAUCUUGUCCCCAUCUCAGUAUCAUAACUAUACCCAACCUAGAGGCAACUUCAUUCCCUAUGCCAAUGAAGACAGACCCCAGUACAGGAGCAAGCUGUCACCAGAUGCCAACGCACAAAAGAUCAUCAACACCCUCCGUCUUCCCUCGGGCGUGGGUGCUACCUGUGUCCUUAAAACCCCCUUCAACAGCACCCUGGACCAGCUGGCUCAGACCCUUAACCCCAGCGCUAACAACUCCAAGACCCUGGCUGCCCGCUACUUUGACUCCAUGUGUCUGGACUCCUUCACACAGGGGGUUCCCCUCUCGAACUUUGUACCCCCACCUCCUUCACCGGCACCUUCAGAUGACCCAGAUCCUCGCUUUGAGGAUGGACUGUGGAACUUCACAGUCGCCCCUCCAACGACAGUUAAUGAGCCCGUAACGUCUUCUGCAACCCUCCCUCGGUCCAUCCAUGAGCCGGUGCGCUGUACCUGCUCCAUGCAGGGGACAGGCUUCUCCUGCCCCAGUGGGGUGGGAGGACGGACCCCUCUCAUGAAGGUGGUGACAGGUGACAUCGUGGUGGACAUCACAGGCAGAAAUGUCUCGGAGUACCUGCUUUUCACAUCAGACAGGCUGCGCCUGCACAGAUAUGGUGGUUUAACAGUGGGAAAUAUCCAGAAAUCAAUACCAGCCUCCUUUGGGAGAAAGAUACCUACAAUGGUUCGCAAGAUAGCAGUUCGUAGAUUAGCUCAGGUUCUCUACAACAACAAAGGUUACCACAGCAUGCCGACUUAUCUGAAUGUCCUCAACAAUGCCAUCUUGCGUGCCAACCUGCCUGCAUCCAAGGGCAACCCUGCUGCCUAUGGCUUCACAGUGACAAACCACCCAAUGAAUCAAACCAGUGCCAGCCUCUCUUUGGACUACCUGCUCCAGGGAACAGAUGUGGUGAUUGCAAUCUUCAUUAUUGUAGCUAUGUCCUUUGUGCCAGCAAGCUUUGUGGUUUUCUUGGUUGCAGAGAAAUCCACAAAGGCCAAACACCUACAGUUUGUCAGUGGAUGUGACCCUAUCAUCUACUGGUUGGCCAAUUACAUAUGGGACAUGCUGAACUACCUGGUACCUGCCACAUGCUGUGUUAUCAUUCUGUUUGUGUUCGACCUGCCGGCCUACACCUCCCCAACUAAUUUCCCCGCUGUCCUCUCACUCUUUCUUCUCUACGGGUGGUCCAUCACUCCAAUCAUGUAUCCAGCAUCCUUCUGGUUUGAGGUGCCCAGUACAGCCUACGUGUUCCUCAUAGUCAUCAACCUCUUCAUAGGCAUUACUGCAACUGUUGCUACUUUCCUACUCCAGCUCUUUGAACAUGAUAAGGAUUUGAAAAAGAUCAACAGUUACCUGAAGUCCUGUUUCCUUAUCUUUCCCAACUACAACCUGGGCCAUGGCCUGAUGGAGAUGGCCUACAAUGAGUACAUCAACGAAUACUACGCUAAAAUAGGUCAGUUUGACAAGAUGAAGUCUCCAUUUGAGUGGGACAUUGUGACCCGAGGACUAGUUGCCAUGACAAUUGAAGGUUUUGUUGGCUUUGUCAUUACCAUCCUGUGCCAGUACAACUUCCUUAGGAAACCUACGAGGGUGCCAGUCAGCUGCCAGCCUGUAGACGAUGAUGAUGUAGACGUGGCUUGUGAAAGACGAAGAGUGUUGCAAGGAGACGCUGACAACGACAUGCUGAAGAUCGAGAACCUGACAAAGGUGUAUAAAUCCAGGAAGAUGGGUCAUAUCCUGGCAGUGGACCGACUGUGUCUGGGUGUCCGGCCUGGUGAGUGUUUUGGACUGCUGGGAGUGAAUGGAGCCGGAAAGACUACCACCUUCAAGAUGUUAACUGGAGAUGAGUGUACCACUGGAGGAGAGGCCUUCAUUGAUGCCAACAGUAUCCUGAAGGACCUUUUACGUGUGCAGCAGAGUAUCGGCUACUGUCCCCAGUUUGACGCUCUGUUUGAUGACCUGACAGCCAGGGAACAUCUGGAGCUUUACACUCGCCUCCGUGGCAUUCCCUGGAAAGACCAGGAAAAGGUGGUGCAGUGGGCAUUAGAAAAGCUGGAAUUGUCAAAGUAUGCGGACAAGCCUGCUGGGACUUACAGUGGAGGAAACAAACGCAAGCUUUCCACUGCUAUCGCUCUGAUUGGAUAUCCCUCCCUCAUCUUCCUUGAUGAACCCACCACUGGCAUGGACCCAAAGGCCCGCAGAUUUCUGUGGAACUUAAUCCUGGACGUUAUAAAGACUGGACGCUCAGUAGUGCUGACAUCGCACAGCAUGGAAGAGUGUGAGGCUUUGUGCACCAGAUUGGGCAUUAUGGUCAACGGCAGGUUUAAAUGCCUGGGCAGCAUCCAACAUCUCAAGAACAGGUUUGGGGAUGGCUACAUGAUCACAGUGAGGACCAAGAGCAGCUCGAAUCUGAAGGAGGUGGUUAGAUUCUUCAACAGAAACUUCCCUGAGGCCAUACUAAAGGAGCGUCACCACACUAAGGUCCAGUACCAGUUGAAGUCUGAGCGGAUCUCACUGGCUCAGGUCUUCAGUAAGAUGGAGCAGGUGGUGGAGGUGCUGGGCAUCGAGGACUACUCUGUCAGUCAGACCACUCUGGAUAAUGUGUUUGUCAACUUUGCCAAGAAGCAGAGUGACAGUCUGGAGCAGCAGGAGACGAUAACCUCAGGUAGUGGACAGUCCCCCCUGCAGCGCAUCCUCAACCUGCUGAAGUCUCGGCCUGCCACCACAGAGCUCAACUCUCUGAUCAGCGAGGCACCGGAGGAACUAGAGAGCGAUGAUGAUGAAGGACUUAUCAGCUUUGAAGAGGAAAGGGUGCAGCUCUCCUUCAACACAGACACUCUCUGUUAAAAUUACCCCCUUUAAAAGAGCAGAGAUGAGGAGGGUUACAGAGUGGGAAGACCAAAACCUGUCUCUCUGAGGCCUGGAGGGAGAAGAGAGCAGCUGAUUUAACUAUGAAGAGGACCAAAACACUCUACACCAUGGAACAUAGGACCAGUAGUUCAGUUUUUCAGCAUCAAUUGAUAACAUGUAGAGUCCAGCCUGUAGGUAGAGACACAGCAGGAGUGCUUGAAUUUGUAUUGAAGACUUUGUUGUGGAAUGUUUUCAUAUUCAUUUUUGUUGGGAAUUUCUUAGUAAAUGGAUGAUGGAUACAGUAGGUUAACUACUUUUGUUGGUACAUGAACAUAUCAUUGGUGAUAUGUUAUAAACCAAGUGUUUGACCGCACAGGUUACUUUGGGUUGGUUGUACAUACUCUCAACCUAAGGCCUCAUGACACCAGAGUGGGCCCUUGUCACUGUACCAAAUUAGACCUGCCUUGAGAGCAUGCUGUGAUGAAGUCUAUUUUUCUGUGGCAAGAAAAUAACUUAUUUAGAUAUCAAAGCAGAUGUGUGUGAUUUAUUUUGCAAUAACGGAGGAUUUAGUGAAAUGCACCUUGGGAAGAGCCAGAUGUGGAAAUGCAUGUUAGCUGUUGGCCUUUUCUUUUAAUUUGAUGUCAGAGACAUGGAGAGAAUGUACAAGGCAUGGUUAUUGUCUUGAUGGUGUCUCCACUCUAUCAACUUGUUUUGACACUGUACAUUUGGUCUCUUUCUACUAAAUGCUUUCUUUUGUUCUUUUAAUAUGUUAUGUUGUGGACUCUGCCAAGAAAAUCCUCUACCGGACACAGUGUAUGAUAUUAAUAAUAAUAUUAUUAAUAAUAGUAAUAAUAAUCAUCUAACAGUCUGAAACUGCAGUGAACUCUGCUUAUAUUCCCUGACAAUAACUGCACUACCAUCACUGUGAAGGGAACUCUCAGAUCAGAAUAAUCUUUUGAGUAAAAUAGAUGUUUUAUUUGCAGUUGUGUUUGUAAUGUGAUAGUUGAGUUGUAACCUGUCCUAUCAAAAAUAACUGUUUCAUUACUUCUUUCACAGCUAUUUGCUAUAUUGUUAUAUUUUUGGUGACUGGUGGGCUGUUUACUGAUACUGUUAAUUGGAGGGGUUUUAAUUAAAUAAGGAAAACUGACUUGUAA